AUGGACGUUGCUAUGAGAGUAGAGUGGUUGGCGACACCGCGAGUCAUUCUAGGGAUCGGUGCCGGAUGGGUGGCCUACGCUCUUUGUCUGGAUCCCCUCCGCCAUAUUCCCGGACCUCGUCUGAAUGCAGUCUCUAUGAUCCCCUAUGCAAGACAUUUGCUUGCCGGCACAACUGUCCAGAAUUCCGUCUCUCUGCACCAACAAUACGGGGAAGUGGUACGCAUCGCGCCCAACGAGGUUUCACUCAUUUGUGGCGAGACGGCGUUCCCCGAUAUCUAUGGUAGGUUAUUCAUCACAUCGCAAACUAUGGGGCAGAUCAGGGCUAAUUCUGCUGUUUGCAGGGUUUCGGACGGGAAAGAUGAAAGGGCAUCUAAAUAUGUCCAAGGUCGCCGUGUACUCGCCCAUGCCUUCAGCGAUAAGGCGCUCAUGGGCCAGGAACCACUGGUUCAGCGUUACGUCGAUCAACUCAUCGACCGACUCAAAGAAGUAACAUCCGCCAACGACGAGCCGGUGGACAUGGUGAAAUGGUACAAUUGGACGACCUUUGAUGUAAUUGCCGAUCUUCUCUUCGGGGAGCCCUUUGGCUGCCUCCAAGACCUCUCAACCCACCAAUACGUCGCCCUCCUCUUUCAAUCCCUCAAGUCCCUCCGGAUGAUCUACAUCCUCGCCUACUACCCGUGGCUUCGCUUCCUCGGCAACCUCAUAGUAGAUAAAGGCCUGAUCCAGAAACGAAAGGAAUACGCGACAUGGGUUUCCACCCAAGUCACUAAACGAAUCAAUACCGCCACCCCUCGGCCCGACUUUAUGAGCCACAUCCUCGCCAACAACAACAACCGGGGCGUGAAGCUCACCCGGGCAGAGAUCGACUCCAACGCGACCUUGAUGACGACCGCGGGCUCUGAGACGACCGCCACCCUACUCAGCGGAGCGACCUACCUCCUCCUCACGCAUCCCCGCGUCCUCCGUACCCUCCAGGACGAGAUCCACUCGGAAUUCCCAACCUACGAGUCCAUCACACUAGAGGCAGUCGCCAAGCGGACACCCUACCUGAACGCCGUCAUUUCCGAAGCACUCCGCUUCUUCCCGCCCAUCCCUGUAGGAUUCAUCCGCCGGGUGCCCAAGGGUGGAGAGACGGUGAGUGGGUAUUGGAUACCCGAGGGGACGAUUCUCUCGGUCAGUCAUUACGCGGCGUAUCACUCAGAGAGAAACUUCAGGGAUCCGGACAGUUGGGUUCCGGAGCGGUGGCUCGGAGACGAGAGAUACGUCAACGACAAGCGCGCCGCGUUCCAGCCGUUCAGCUUCGGACCCCGGAGCUGUCUCGGUAGGAACCUGGCAUACGCGGAGAUGCGGCUGAUCCUCGCCAAGAUGGUCUGGUCGUUUGAGAUGGAGUUGGAUGAGGGGUUGAGCCGCGAUUGGUUGCAGCGUUGUCGCGUUAUGAGGCUUUGGCAGAAGCCCGAGUUGGAAGUACGGGUGAGGCCGAGGGUAGUUGCUUGA